AGGUCGGGGGAAAGAAGGCAGGGAGGCGGGGCGGACUCCUGCCAGCCUCAGGAUGGCCCUGGGUGCCCGUGCUUCAGCCGUGGGGCUGAGGGCGUAAAAGCUUCCUGGGGGAAGGCCAGGGGAGAGGUUUCCCCUGUCCCAAGCAGAUCUGGAUGGGGGGCCCCUUGUCACCAUGGAGGGGGUGCUAUACAAGUGGACCAACUAUCUGAGCGGCUGGCAGCCUCGAUGGUUCCUUCUUGCAGGAGGGGUGUUAUCCUAUUAUGACUCACGGGAAGAUGCUUGGAAAGGUUGUAAGGGAAGCAUCCAGAUGGCAGUAUGUGAAAUUCAAGUUCAUUCUACAGAUAACAUGCGAAUGGAUUUGAUUAUCCCUGGAGAACAGUAUUUCUAUCUGAAAGCCACAAAUGCAGCUGAGCGACAAAAGUGGUUGGUUGCCUUAGGAACCGCCAAGGCCUGCUUGACAGACAUCCGGACGCUGAAAGAAAAAGAGUUUACAGAAAACACUGAAGCAUUGAAAACGAAAAUGGCAGAACUUCGGCUAUAUUGUGAUCUCCUUGUUCAGCAAGUGGAUAAAACAAAGGGACCAGGCCUGGCUGGUGUAUCAGCUGAGAAUAGAAUUGAUAUGGGAGCACUGUUGAAAUCCACCUGUACCACAUUCCUGAAGACGCUUGAAGAAUGUAUGCAGAUUGCAAACGCAGCCUUCUCUUCCGAGUUGCUUUAUCACACACCAACCGGAUCUCCACUUUUAGCUCUUCGCAAAUUAAACAAGCUAAAACUUCCCAACAUAUUUAGUCGUGGUGUAGCAGAAAGGCAGAUGGAACUAAAAAACUGUGAAAAUGGAACAAUAUACGCACAUUCCAACCUUCCUGAGCAAACCCGGAUUAAUAAUCUGACCCCUGUUCCCCAGAAAACUGGUGUGAUGGAUAGUGAGAAAACAAUUACAGGUGGUAUAACGAAAGAUGUAGAAAACAAGCUGCUUCGAAAAGGAGACAAUCAAGAGGACAAAUCUUUAAAGCCGGUGGUGGAUUCCAUAAACAAAUCAACACCAUUGCAUUUGGGAGAGCAAACAGACCGAGAUUUCCCUACGUUCUUCUCUGCUAUGAGCAUUAGAUUUAGCGAUAUCAAGCUUCUUGAGGACGGAGGCAUACCCACCGGGGAAUUUCUACAAUCUUGUUAUGAAGUAGUUCCAGUCUUAGACAAACUUGGCUCCACAGUGUUUGCUCCUGUUAAAAUGGAUUUUGAAGGAAACAUCAAGAAAAUCAAUCAGAAAUACUUAACCAACAAAGAAGAGUUCAGUACCCUUCAGAAACUCAUCCUCCACGAAGUGAGCACUGAAGAGGCCCGAGUGAGGCAUUCUGCCACAGAAGCCCUCCUGUGGCUUAGAAGGGGUUUAAAGUUUUUGAAAGCGUUUUUAACAGAACUAAGGAAUGGAGAGAAGAACAUUCAAACAGCACUGAAUAACGCUUACGGCAGAACUUUACGGCAACACCAUGGCUGGGUGGUCCGAGGCGUUUUCGCGCUAGCAUUGAAGGCAUCUCCCACCUAUGAAGGCUUUCUGGCCGCGCUGUGUGUUGACGGAUACGAUCCUCGGGACGGCGCUUUCUUGAACGGAAUGCAAAGGGACCUUGAUAGCUACCUACCAGCCAUGGAGAAACAGCUCGGCAUCUUGGACACGCUGUACGAAGAAUAUGGGCUGGAGAGGGAUGAAGUGGUGUGAGCUCUGGCCAAGCCAGGGCCUCCCAAAUUCAGGGAUUGCGUCCAUUAACAUAGCUUCUGUUCUAGAAGGCUAUUUCUGUUCCUUUGUGUUUUUGCAUACCUGGGAAGGGACUCAAAGCGUCCGCCUUUUUUUAUAUACAUUUUUUAAAAACGCUUGUUUGUGUUUAAAUGCAGAGGUGCUAUAUAUCCUGGGAAGGUUGUUGCUUGCCUUCGGGGCGAGCCCCUUUGGCCAGAUCCCGUGGCAGGCCAACCGGGGCCAGACCUCCAACAGCUGCAGCGUUUUGUAUCUUUGGCCUGAAUCAUUCAGAGCUGAUCUAUACUGGGGGAAUGAUUACCGAUUCAUAACGAUGUAGAAGCAAGAGCAGAGUUUAGCCUGGCAAGCCCCACAUCCCAUGCAAGUUAAGUGUCCACGCAAGUCUUCCUUGGAAGUUAAAUCACAGCCAGAAGCCAGGGACUAGGGCCGCAGCCACCUACACGCACACCAUGACUUGACUUCAGCCCUGAACAUUGAAGCGGUCGCUCAGCUGUAUCCAUCCCCGACGGGGCUCUAUCCGUUUGCAGUAACUAAGGUUCUGCCCAGUUCUCCUUGCCAUGAUGACAGCUGGCUUCUUAAUGUUAUUUGGGGUGUGUACAGGAGCUGCCCCUAUUUCCAAUUUGGCGUUUUAAUGCAAAGUCAGAAGUACCAGAAAAAUCUCUGUGCUUGGCCUGGUGACCAUUUGCGAUUGGUCUUGGCCUGGUGACCAUUUGCAGUACAGGUAGAUGUGGGGAGGAGGGAGGGAGGGAGUUUGCCAUGAGAUGUGUGGGAAACGGGUGCAGGGAGAAUGGACCUGCUUGCCCACCCCCAUUGGCCCCUGCAGAUGCUCCCUCUUAGCUCAGGCAGGCCCAAGGCAAGGCCUUCUGCUGCCUGAGGCGAGAGAGAGCACAUGUGCUAAUCACCGUUGCCUCACCACCAUCACCGCCCCCUUGCCCUUACUACGUCAUGCCUGCACCCCUUCCCUCGUUAUGUGCGUCCCCCCACUUCCCCUUGCCUUGUUGCUCCCCAUCCCUUACUUUUUUCAUCACUGCUGCAUCACAAUCGGGAGAGCCAUGGGCCCGGCGGGGCUCUGGUGAGAGCCCACCCACCCAUCCCACCUGUUGUCCGGCUCUCGCUGAGAGGAUUCCCAGUGUGAGCCAGAGGGCAGACGGCUGAGGGCAGCCCCCUGUCUUCUGUUUUGCUGUGAGGUUCCCCUCAGAGCAAAACAAAAGACGGGUGUCUCUCUUGCUGUGGCAUUAACCUCAGCAGGAGAGUGGGAUUGGGCUUUCUGAAGCACCCACUGAGUGUAGCUGCUCUGGAGAGCCCCAUCAGCCCCCCUCUCCCAGUAGCAGAGAGGGAGGAGUAGCACAAUUUACUGUGCCUCCCAGUCUGCCCCCUGAGGCAAGAGCUUCACCCCGCUUCAGGCGAAGGCCUUUAGUUUGGAGGGCUGUUCAAAACCAAAUCGUAUACAUUCUAUGUCUUUACAUCGGACAUGUUUUGGACUACAAUGCCUGUCUUCCCUCACCAUUGGGUGUGCUAGCUAGAGCAGAUGGGAGUUGUAGUCUGAAAAACUUGGAAGGCCACAAGUUGCCCACCUCUCCUUUAGAUGGAUGAAAUAUCUACCACAUCUGGAUUAUGAAAGGCUAGUUUUGGAACCAAAUCCAUGCUAGUGGGCUGGUGAACAAUCCCUAAAAGCAUUGUCUGCUUAAAGUAGCCACAAAAGGCUUAAGUGUAAUUAAGAAUAAAUCAGCUUUUUCUUCCCACUAUUCUUGUUUAAAAGUACAGCCCGGAUAUGAAAUCCACAGACUGCAGUAGUGUUAAUGUCAACCUAUUUCUGAUCACCUAUAGACAAGUGAAUUCAGGAUUUUACUUUUUAUAUAAUACAGGAGUGUGAAGAAGCAAAAUGUCCAGAAGAAUAGUGGUCAACAUUUUUGGAUCAAAGGGCUACAUAUACUGACAUUGCCGCCAGUAUGUCAGUAUGGCGAAAACCAGCCUCUGCUGCCAUCUUUCUCGCUCCCUUCCCAACAAAUUGCCACCGCAGCCUCUGUCUCUGGUCCCUUCCGCUGGUUCUUCUGCUUCCACCGGUUCGUCUGUCAUGUUCACCUUCCUCCUGUUGCCUCACACUUUCCCUACACAAAAAGUGGGGGGUACUUUGCUUUCUUGGCAAGCUCAAGAAUCAUGUGUCUCACAUCUGGAGAAACAUAGAGGCCUGGGGGGAAAUGUUCUGUAUGGCAGUUGGGAGCUAUGCAGAAGCUACUCGAAAGCUUACUGUAAGGAAGGAGAUUUGUGUGGUUACGACUAGUGCUGGGCCGAAAAUUUUGCCCAUUCCAUUUUCAGCAUUUUGGGCAAAAGUGGUUGGGAGAGGUGAGGGUUUCGGAGAAUUUUCUCCUUGGGGAAGGGACAGGUUUGCCACAUACCCCUUUAAAUGUAGCCAGUUGUUUUAGGGGUCUUGUUUCUUUUUUUAUUUUUAUUUUUUUCAAAUCAUCCCUGGCAUUUUCAGGAGCCCAGGAGUUCUUCCUGAGUGCUUAUUGGAGAAAGUGAGGUCACAUGGUCUCCAAUAGACAUUUAGUAAGAACUACUGGGCUCCUCCAGAUGUCAAGGGAAGGAUGAUAGUUUUAGAACAACUAAAAAACAGGAAGAAGGGCUCUCAGCGACCAGCUACACUUUAAAAAAGUAUGUGGAAACCCUGGCCUUCUCCCCAAGGAGAAAAAUUCUCUCAAUUCCCCCUCCCCUGCAAAAGAGGCAUUAUUUUUUCUGUCACUUUCACAGGGUGGGGGGGAAUUCCAAGAAUUCAGGGAGGGAGAACAUUCCCAAAUAUAGGGAGCAGGAUUUGGCCCAGGACUAGUUACUACCCUACCAUCCCCAGAUUCUCACGUACUUGCAGAGGUGUGUGGUUAUGGUGGGCUAAAUAACAUGUUGAACCAGGAUGCAGUGACCAGCUCACAAGAUUACAGUUGCCACUUAGUAAACUUAUAAGGGUGCAAUCCUGUGCCAUCAAAUGCAUCCCAGGACAGUAUUGUUGUAGAACAGGUCCUUUAAAAAACGAUUUAUAAACCCAUAUUAUAUACGAAGCAUAUCUAUGGAUCUCUGUUGCUUUUAGAAUAGAAUAUUGGGAGCACUGAUUUAGAAAGAAAACACUAAAGAAAUUCUAGAAUUAAUUGGCUGGAUUGGGUGUCUGAAUUUAGAGGUCAAAUGAUAUUUUGGGGUAACAAAUUGCCAAUCUGUAAUCUGGAAAAUUGCGCUAUUGACUAGACAAAAGUGCUACUAUUCAUACAUCCCUGUUUUCAGCUAAGUCAACAAGAUUACUCCAGCUUGAUGUAAAUUGCAACAGUUUAAUAACUUGGAAAUUCUUCUUCGUGGUCUCUGUGCAUCACACAUAUAGGCUCUGUGCCUGCGCUGAGCCUUGCUUCCAGAAUCUUCCAUAGCUGAGAUCAUUUUGGGUGGGAACCCUGCCCCCACCAUCCCACUGCACAUGCUCCAACAGGUUCCCGUUUCCCCCUCAGUUCAAUGUUUAAUAACUUAGAAAAGAUGUAGAUAUUUUCUGAAAAAUAAUGUUCUUUUAUGAUAUUGAAUGUUGGCCUCGAUAGCCACCAUGCUUCUGUCAAGAAAAAUUGCCAAGUGGUGGUAAGGCCUAAUGGGUGUGACACGAGAGAUACAGAACCCAUUAGGUGGGGAUUGUAAACAAAACCAAAAACUACUUUGCCUGGUGAGGGAAAACAGCUGGUUUCCUGACUCCUUGCGAAGUGUGAGCGUUCCACAAGAUAGCAAGCAGAAGUGUUUGUGAGUGAGAAAAAUGAUGCGAAUCUUUCAACUGAACUACACAAUGCUUUGUGUUGACAGCUAAGAGCUCAACGUGUUUCAUCUCCAAAGCAUUGAUGUGACUUACGUCACAUGAACAAAAUGCCGUUGUAAGCUUGGCUGCCUUGUGAGACCCUGGUACAUUCCCGACAUCUGAUUCAUUUUUAAAGGCUGGCGAUUGUAUAUUCUCAGGGAUUUGAGCAGCAAGGCAAAAAUCUAGUAGUUCUCGAUGUCUGUAAAGAGAAGCUGAUUGUUCAUUUAAAUAUACUGUAGAUCACUUUAGACCUCCUUGAAGCUGUAUUUCUGUAAUAAGCAGGCUGUUCGGAACAUGUUUGCAUGAGACAUGAGAAUCCAAAAGCAAUCAGAAGUACUGUGUAUCAAAUACUGCUGGUAUGUUUCAACUUGUAAACUAUAUCUUUAUAACGUAGCAUAAGACUUGGAUUUAAUCAAGAUCAAAAGUUUUUAUUCAAGAUUUUCUUUCCCCCUCCCUCAGAGGUGGCAUGUAUUACAUUGAUUUGAUAUUUUGUAAUAUUCCUUUAUUUUUAAGACAUGGUUAAUUACAAAAAGAGGUUUGAAAACAUAGUUACAUAUAAUAUUCUGAUGAUGCAUUAUACUAAAAUGCUACAAGUUUUCACAUUAUACUAAUGCUUGCCAGGUACAGUGAGAGUCUUGAUGUUACAGCAGGACUCUUAAUUUAAAAUAAUUACUUUUUCUUUCUUUUUCAAAGACAAAUAGGGUAUCAUAGUAAAAGUCAUGGCAGGAAAACUCUAUAAUUAUUAUUAUUUCCAUUGCUCCUGCUUCAUUGAACCUACUGCAUGGCUUGAAAAUGAUCAAUACAUCUUCAGCAACUGGACAUUGUGAAACAAUCUAAAGAUGAUAAAACCACAGAAGUUACCACAAUGGCAUGUUGAGCCCAAUCCACAACACACUGAAAUUAACAAUAAAAUGUCUUCUGAUUUUUU